GCUGUUUACCGGGGAAUUGCUUUCGGGAGCACGCAUAAGGAAUCCGACGGACACACACAUGUUUGGUUGUUCUAAAGCUGAUAUAUUUUGAUCCAAUUCGAAGACAGUGAAACAUAUCAGGUAUUCUUAAGCAGACAUGUCGCUGUCGUUGAUCAGGAGAGGUCUGGAGCUGCUGAACGACGACAUUAAAGACAACAGCAGAGGGAAGAAAAAGAAGCAGACCCCCAGUUCAGCCGCUGCCAUGGAACUGGUCAGCACCAAGCGGCAGGGGGUCACCAGACAGGUCAAGAGGCUGCAGGGCCGCCUUGGACCCGGAAAAAGCAAAGCCACAGUCAAAGACAAGUGGACAAGAUCGGCAGUGGAGGAUUUUAGGAAAAACCAGCCAAAGAGCCAGAUGAGUGCCAAUCUGAAGUACUUUUUGGAGACAACCUGCAAAGCAACAGCUUCUGAUUCAAUGAAGAUUUUAAGCCACAAUAAAGGGAGGCAGUCGAGAAAUCGCCCGAUCAAACCCGUCAAAAAGACCAAGGAGGCUAAGUCUUUAUUCACUGAAGAGGAGUUCCAGCAGUUCCAGAAGGAAUACUUUGGCAGGAUGGUGGAAGACAACAAAUAACACCAACUCAUAAAAAAAUAAAUAAGACUCUCAAACUACAGUUGAAGGAGCGGGGCUGUGUUUCGUGGAUCAAAGUGAAUUGAUCCAGUCAGACUGUGUACCGGAAGUCAGUUCCACUACAAUUCACAGGAGAAUUGUUCUGUUAAGAAUACAUGAAAUACAAACUUUAACAUUAUAGAUAAUAGAUCAUAUUUCAAAACUUACUGUGGAAACAAUGGAUAUGUGCUGACAAUGUAACAUAUGAAUAAAAAAAAUAUUGAAUUCUUG